GCGCGGCGUAUGGACGCCGGACGUUCCCGGAAGUGGGAGGUGUCCGCAUGAGUUUGUGUGGCAGCCGCCGCGGGAACGCGAGCCCGGUAAUUUUUCAACCCAGAAAGGCAAGGCUUUCCGGCUUGGGAGAGUGCGAGUGAGCGAGAGUCUGGCCUUGGUAGCUUUUGCUGGCGUGACAGCCGGCAUGGAGGCUCCACAGAGCAAAGAGGGUAGCGGCGAGGCCGUGGCUCCCGGGCAGCAGGAGUCGCCGCGGCUGGAGUAUGGGGAGGAGCCGCAGCAUCCCAGUUUCGAGAAAAGGCAACAAUGUAGAUCUGAUGCCCAAGAAACAAAAGGAUCUACCUUCAUUACCACCAAUACAAGUGAUUUUAGUGACCCAGUUUACAAAGAGAUUGCUAUUACGAAUGGUUGUAUAAAUAGAAUGAGCAAGGAAGAACUCAGAGCUAAACUUUCAGAAUUCAAGCUUGAAACCAGAGGAGUAAAGGAUGUACUAAAGAAGAGGCUGAAAAACUAUUACAAGAAGCAGAAGCUGAUGUUGAAAGAGAGCAGUUGUGCUGACGGUUAUUAUGACUACAUUUGUAUUAUUGACUUUGAAGCCACUUGUGAAGAGGGUAACCCACCUGAGUUCAUACAUGAAAUAAUUGAGUUUCCUGUUGUUUUAUUGAAUACACAUACCUUAGAAAUAGAAGAUACGUUUCAGCAGUAUGUAAGACCAGAGAUUAACACGCAACUUUCUGAUUUCUGCAUCAGUCUUACGGGAAUUACUCAGGAUCAGGUAGACAGAGCUGAUACCUUCCCUCAGGUACUAAAAAAAGUAAUUGACUGGAUGAAACUGAAGGAGUUAGGAACAAAGUAUAAAUAUUGCAUAUUAACAGAUGGUUCAUGGGAUAUGAGUAAAUUUCUGCACAUUCAGUGCCAACUCAGCAGGCUUAAAUAUCCUGCUUUUGCUAAAAAGUGGAUCAAUAUUCGAAAGUCAUAUGGAAACUUUUACAAGGUUCCUAGAAGCCAAACCAAAUUGACAAUAAUGCUUGAAAAAUUAGGCAUGGAUUAUGAUGGGCGGCCUCACAGUGGUCUUGAUGAUUCUAAGAACAUUGCCCGAAUAGCAGUUCGAAUGCUUCAGGAUGGAUGUGAACUCCGAGUCAAUGAAAAGAUGCACGCAGGACAGCUAAUGAGUGUGUCUUCUUCCUUGCCAGUAGAGGGCACUCUGCCCCCACAAAUGCCACAUUUUAGAAAGUAACAGAAUUUUUGUCCAGAUCAUUCUACUUGCAGUUGCUACAUAGAGGUAGCAGAUGAAUAUUCAUUGAAUUAGUACUGUAGUGCAAACUUUAAGCACCUUAAACAUUUAAGAUCUUACUACAGUGAUGGAUCAGUAAAGGUAUAUUUGUAUGUGAGCAGAUUUUGUGGAAGGGCAUAUUGAAUUGUCACCAGCACUUUUGAUAUGAGCUGUAUGUGUUACACAGUAACAGUUCCUGCUUAGAACUGAAUUUUAUAAUUUAAGGUGUCCAAGGUGUGUUCCGUUCAGUUUUAAAAUGUAAAAUCUUAUUGGUUCCCCUUGAAUUUCAUAUCUUAUUGAUGUUAAAGUAUAGAAUGUAUUUCUACAUUAACAUCAUGAGAUCAAAUAAUUUCUUAAAAAUGCAGAAAAGAGUGAAAGGUAGGCCUUAUCUACCCUUUGUGUUUUAAAAAUAUCAUUGUCCCUUUGAUUUUUGGAGUUCAUGUGUGAAGUUCAGCUAUAUAUGGUGAAUUUCAUAAGAUACUUGGCAUAAUGUAUCUGCCUAUGUUUCUUUUCGACUCAUAAUUGGAAGACUUUUGAGAGAUUGUAGGGUCUGCUUAAAAAUUGAUUUACUGAUGAGACUCAUGAAAGGUCAGGAGGAAAUAUUAUUUGAAAGAGUAUCCUAAGGGCCUAUAGCUCAGACUUUACAAAAUAUUAAAUAAAUCAGUGGGGUUUUUUGAUUUGAUUGUUUGGUUCCCCUCUCUUGUGUGACAUAUAUCUGCCUUAAUUCUUAAAUCUGAGAGACCAUGCUUUGAAAUUAUAAAAUUAAGGGUCACCACCUAAUUUUACAUUUGUAUUCAGUAUUAUAAAUGAGGUUAAUAAAGUCAAAUAAUACUUUCUACCAUGGCUUACGUGUUUGUUAUUCAAAAACUCCAUUGGCCACCAGUGAAGUUAGUCAAUAAACUCAUUGCUUAUCUGA